CAACCACCACCAUCCCCACCACCACCACCACCACCACCACCACCACUACCCAAGAACCUUGCCCAACACUAACUUGUCCUGACGGCUGGACCGAGAAGGAACCCUCUGAUGUAGGAGAGUGUACAUUUUGCCAGCCCCCAGAGAACUGCACUCCUCCCCCAGUCUGUCCACCAGGGCAAAUUCUUCAGAGUUCAAAUAAGACAAGGUGCCCAAUAUACGAGUGCACUGUGGUUCCAUGUCCAGAAAAGGCAUGUCCCCCUGAAUGGGAACUCGAAGAGGAGAGUUACCCUGACGAUGAGCACCACAUCGACUCACGCGUCGACUGUGACUACUGGUGCAUCCCGUCUCACUGCCAGUCACCGCCGACAUGUCCUCCAGGAUACAUUAUAAAGACACAGGGCAAUUCUUCACAGUCGUGUUCUAAGUUCAAGUGUGAGAGCUCAUGCCGUGGGGCGUGGUCAUGUCAUCCAGGCUACAUGCCCUUCCUCUGGUGGAAGUCAGGGACGCCAUGCCCUGUCUACGGCUGCACCGGCUGCCCUCAUAGGACACCGAUUUGCAGCACUCAUGAGAAGCUUAUCCAGGUCAACCCAGGUGAAAGGUGCCCACAGUACGCCUGCAAGCCUCCAUCGGAGUGCAUAUAUGAACAUAAGUACUGGCUUGAUGAAGACAAGUUUGAGCGUAGCUUCGAAAAUGAUACCAAGAAAGAACUUUACCCGAUUGGUGGGAAGUGGCUUGACGGGUUAUGCCGGAGCUGUAAGUGCUUGGAGGACUCUGACGGCUACCCUCACUAUCAGUGUGUCCAAACGGAAUGUUCCCGCAAUACCCACUUUGACAACGACCAGUACGAGGAGAAGAGAGUACCAAAUGAGUGCUGCCCCGUCAUCAAGAAAAUUGCUUGUAAGGAUAACGGAGUUAUCAUUAAAGUUGGAGAUAAUAAAACUGAAAGGUGUCGAAGUGUGGAGUGUGUGAAGACCGAAGAAGGCGAGGUGAAGGCGAGAGAGACGAUUAAAGAUUGUAACGAGUCUUGCCCCGAAGGCUAUCAUUAUCAACCACCGCCCCAAAACACUAACCAGUGCUGUGGGCAAUGUAAACAGGUGGGGUGUCCUUGGAAGAAUGAGACGAUACCAGUGGGCAAGAUCUGGAACUCAGACGACAACUGCACCACCUAUACGUGUAACAAAAAUUCGAGCGACGUCCCAACACUGGUCGUUGAUCACAUAGAAUGCCCCCACUUUAACCCGGAGUGUCCUGCCGAAGACACAUAUCAGGACGACUCGGGUUGCUGCAGUUAUUGCGGACAAAAGCAACGCGUGUGUGUGCCAGAGGAAAUGCCUCCCCAAGACACUGUGGGCAUCUUUAAGAAAUUUAACCCGGAGUCCGGAAAAUGUAAAAAUAAUUUUGCUGUGGAAAAGUUUAUGCAGUGCUACGGGCAGUGUAACUCCUCCACUAGCUACCAAGGUGAAGAAGCAAUGCAUGUGUCUACAUGCAAGUGUUGCAAACCCUCUGCAUUUAUCAAGAUAUCGGUAGAGCUGCAGUGUGAGUCUGGGAAGAACACCACUUAUAAAUAUGAUAACAUCAAGGAGUGUGAGUGUCAACUAUGUGAUAACUCCGCAGGACUCAAGCCCAUUGAAUUUCCACCGAAAUAGUUUGAAGAAUUUAAGCCAAUAAAUAUUUGCCCACCAGUUUUGAUGGUAAUCCAUGUAUGUGUAUGAUGAAACAUGAUGGUAAUCCAUGUAUGUGAAUGAUGAAACAUGGUAACCCAUGUAUGUGUAUGAUGAUGCAUGAUGGUAAUCCAUGUAUGUGUAUGAUGAAGCAUGAUGGUAAUCCAUGUAUGUGUAUGAUGAAGCAUGAUGGUAAUCCAUGUAUGUGUAUGAUGAAGCAUGAUGGUAACCCAUGUAUGUGUAUGAUGAAACAUGAUGGUAACCCAUGUAUGUGUAUGAUGAAACAUGAUGGUAACCCAUGUAUGUGAAUGAUGAAACAUGAUGGUAACCCAUGUAUGUGUAUGAUGAAGCAUGAUGGUAACCCAUGUAUGUGUAUGAUGAAACAUGAUGGUAACCCAUGUAUGUGAAUGAUGAAACAUGAUGGUAACACUUGCAUGUGAAAACAAAUCAAGGCUGUGGGACCAAAUAUUUAACUGGUGUUGAGCACGUAACUGUUGUGGUUGGCAAAAUCGUGGUGUAUCCAGCCCCAUACAGAGCCGUGCUCCCAUCUUCUGUAAUAAUGUUGGUGUUCAUUAUAUACCAGGAUCUAGCCCCAUAUUCCUUACUGAUGAUGUCACGGAACUGUACCCGACCUUGUUGAUAUUUGAUGACGACCGACUGAUUUGGACUAGUUUAUUAAUGUACUCAUUAACUAGAUGUAAUUGCAAUUAAUAAAAGUACAAAAAUAUGAGCAUUAUAAAAACAAAAAAAUAUAUAUAUGAACCUAAAUGGUUAUUGAGACAAUAAAAUCUGCAAUGUA